UGAGUGGGGAACAGAGUUUCCGCGCCACUUGAGCUGAGCAGCAGACACGCAGAGAUCUCCAUCGAGUGGCCUAAACAGACGGGAAUAUGGCAAACGUUUGUCUCGAUAGUUUAAUACUCAAGCUCCACGAUGUGAACGCGGUGAAGUUUGGCGAAUACAAGCUGAAGAGCGGCAUGCUAACACCCAUUUACAUCGACCUGAGAGUUCUGGUGUCCUACCCUGUUCUCAUGAACCAGGUUUCCAAUCUCAUCUAUCAACGAGCACAAGAAGAGGGUCUGCAGUUUGACUUGGUGUGCGGGGUUCCAUACACAGCCCUGCCUUUGGCCACAAUUAUCUGUUCUCAAAAUGAACUGCCCAUGCUCAUCAGGAGGAAGGAGGCCAAGGACUAUGGAACCAGGCGCAUGGUGGAGGGGUCGUUCCGUCAGGGGGACACAUGUCUGAUCAUCGAGGACACAGUCACCAGUGGCAGCAGCAUCCUGGAGACCGCUGAAGUGCUCUACAAAGAGGAACUCAAGGUGACCGAUGCCAUCGUCCUCAUGGACAGAGAGCAAGGCGGUGUUGAGAUGUUGGCUUCCAAAGGAAUCAGGCUCCUGCCCAUCAUCUCCAUGUUCAAGCUGCUCAACGUGCUACUGGCAGCCGAACGCAUCGACGCCCAAACUGCCCAGAAGGUCCGCAAGUUCAUCUUGGACAACAACACUUUUGGCUCCAAGGAGGAGAACGGCAAUGACGUUCCUGCCACCAAGAAACCAUGCGUGGAGAAGAAUCUGGAGCUGAGCUAUGCAGACAGAGCCAAACUACCAAACGUUCACCCCCUGGCGUCAAAGCUGCUGAACAUCAUGGAGGAGAAGCAGUCGAACCUCUGCGUGUCUGCAGACGUGACCAGCGGCGAGGAGCUUCUCCAGCUGGCGGACUCUCUCGGGCCCAAGAUCUGCGUGCUGAAGACGCACGUGGACAUCCUGCAGGACUUCAAACCGGCCUUCAGCCAGACACUGCAGACUCUGGCCGAGAAACACAACUUCCUCAUCUUUGAAGAUCGCAAGUUCGCUGACAUUGGGAACACAGUCAAGCAUCAGUACGAAGGUGGCAUCUACCAGAUCUCAUCUUGGUCCCACAUAGUGAACGCUCAUGCGGUGCCAGGGCCCGGGGUGGUGAAGGGUCUGAGUGCUGUGGGAAAGACUCUGGGCCGAGGCUGUUUGCUCAUUGCACAGAUGAGCUCCCAGGGAUCGCUGGCAACCGGUGACUACACAAAGGCUGCGCUACAUAUGGCGGAGGAGCAGUCGGACUUUGUGUUUGGUUUUAUCUGUGGGUCAAAGAUUUCCAAUAGGCCAGAGUUCAUCCACAUGACUCCUGGGGUGCAGAUGAAGGCUGGAGGUGACACGUUGGGCCAGCAAUACAGCACCCCAGAUGAAGUUAUCCACGUGAAAGGCUCUGACGUCAUCAUCGUGGGACGCGGCGUCUUGGAAGCUCCCGAUAGGCUGAAAGCCGCCGAGUCGUACAGAAAGUCGGGCUGGGACGCUUACACAAAGCGACUGAGCCAGAGUGACCAGUAGAGUAGCAGAGUAGCAGAGAGGAGUAGCAUCGGCGUCACUGCAGAUGACCUGGACGUACGAUUGUUCCUACAUGGUUCUAAAACGACUGCAGUGUGCACGUAAACAUAAAAUACACGUUUGUUCGUACACCGCACACGUGCGAUUUGCAAAAGCACAGGCGGCGUCUGUGACGAACCGGACACUAUACUGUCGAACAUAAAUGCAUGCGUUGUAUACUGUCUUUUUGCUUCUAUCCUGGUUUAUUUUGCUGCUGUGAUUCCUUCUAGGACCUUGAUGAUCUUCUGAGGAACGUCUGACCAGGUUUAAACAAGAUUUGUCUUAACAAUUUGGGUGUAGGGGCUUUUAAUUAUUUUCUGAUGUAUGUUUUCCCUGGUCUGCUAAAUGUAAAAAAUGUGUCACAGUAGAAACUACGGUGUUCCGUUCCUAAGACCUUUCUUUGUCACAAAUGCACCAUUCCUGCGUAUGUAUGCUUUUUUGCUGAAAUGCUCGACUAAAAAAUAAUAAGAGCUAUGGGUUUGUUUUUUUAAGUUGUUGAUGAUCUUUCUGUUGUAAUCUUUAUUUUGAACUCCAGCAUCGCACGCUAUAGGUAUUAUCUCAGGAAUAGAUGCUGGUGUCCAAAUAGAAAGUAAAUAGUCAUUUUUAGUUUUUUUAUGGUGGAACAUGAUGCCCGCUAAGCACGGUUUCUCAACCCUGGUCCUGGAGGACCCACUGCCCUGUGUAUUUUUAGAUGUUUCCCCUUCUCCAACAUCACUCAACCUUUUUUUUUUUUUUUGAGGCAGUUACAUUUUUGUCCUAACGAAUGAUCGCUGAGCUCACAGAACAAGUUCAGGAGUAGUUGCUCAGUUAUUAAUGCAGUUUGUCCAACAAACAUGGAAAAUAGUGCCUCCAGUUAAACACCACCCUUCCUAAAAGAAACACAUCUUGUUAGUCCUGGAGCCGUAACAGUGGACCUCCUGUGGAUAAAGUGAAAAGGUGCCGUGUUCUUUGCGUUGUCCCCCGUGUCCCCUAGUGGAUGAACCUUCUGCAGGGACCUCAUGGUUUUCUCUACGUACUUUCCUUUUAUAUUUUUAAGGGAGGUACGAUGUCUUGUUUUCUUGUUUGUGUUU